ACCAUCCCAGUGCAAGCAGCCCGCCUGACUCGGAAACAUUCUCCACCACCUAUGAAGAGGCACUAGGCUGCCCCCAAAACUGGAAAAAAAAUGGGGGAAAAUGCUACUUCUUUUCUCAAACACAGCAAAAAGAUGACUGGAAUGCUUCUCGUAAAGAAUGUACUGACAUGAAUUCAGACCUGGUGAUCAUUGACAACAAGGAAGAACUGCAUUAUCUUUUUUCACAAUCAAGAGGUCAUUACUACUUACUUGGUCUCACAUAUUCUAAGAAGGAGAAGAAGUGGAAGUGGAUUAACAACAUGGAACAUAGCACAGAUAUGUUUACUAUAGGAGGAGAUUUUACUGACUAUUUCUGCACUGUCAUUGGACAUAACAAAGUAGAAACUGCAUCUUGCAAUGGAUCCUCAACAACACAAAAUAUGUGUGAAAAAGCUGCAAAUAUUUCAGAAAGGCAGAAGGAGAGCUAA